UCCAGCAACCCAGCUUUAUCACCACAUCUCUGCUUCUCGGCUUGCUCAUGGCGGCUCCUCAUCGUGCAAGCCCAGCCCAGCUGCUACCAUUCCUCGCGCCACUCGUCGCCUUACUCUUCCUCGCGGCGGCAACCACCACGGCAACAGCGGCGGCAGAUGGUGGUGGGUACGCCGGCAACGGCAACGGCGCCAUGACGCACCUCCACUUCUACUUCCACGAGAUAUACACCGCGGGGCCGAACGGCACGGCGGCGGCGGUGGCAUCCCCGCCGGCGGGCGCCAGCGGCUCGGCCUUCGGGUUCGGCUACGUCGGCGUGGUCGACGACAUGCUCCGCGAGGGCGCCGACCCGGCGUCCCGCCUGAUCGGCCGCGCGCAGGGGCUCACCGCGGGCGCCUCGCUCUCGGAGGGGGCGAUCACGACGCUGCUCAACUUCGUGUUCACGGACGGGCCGUACAACGGCAGCACGCUGGCGAUGUUCGGCCGCGCGGUGCUGGGCUCGGUGAUGGAGCGGCCGAUCGUCGGGGGCACCGGCGCGUUCCGGAUGGCGCGCGGGUACACGCAGAGCCGGAUGGUCAAGUCCGCGGACCCCGAGAACCUGCUCGUCCUCGAGUACGACGCCUACGUCCUCCACUAGCAACCUUAAUUGGCUUCGUGGUCUUUGAUUCGUACUGCGUGUUAUUCUGGUUUUUAAAUUCAAAACUCUACAUGUUUUUCCAAUGCUUUCUGUAUUCUGUAUUUGUUUGUAGGCUUUGAGCCGAAUCCCGAACAUUUGUGUGCUUGCACUUGAAACCUGAACAUUUUCUUGUUUGAUAUUA